CCCUGGACCCCCUGCAGACGCUGGACCUCCAGCGGGACCAGGACCCCCUCUAGACUCUGGACCUCCAGCGGGACCAGGACCCCCUCUAGACUCUGGACCUCCAGCGGGACCAGGACCCCCUCUAGACUCUGGACCUCCAGCGGGACCAGGACCCCUCUAGACUCUGGACCUCCAGCGGGACCAGGACCCCCUCUAGACUCUGGACCUCCGGCGGGACCAGGACCCCCUCUAGACUCUGGACCUCCAGCGGGACCAGGACCCCCUCUAGACUCUGGACCUCCGGCGGGACCAGGACCCCCUCUAGACUCUGGACCUCCGGCGGGACCAGGACCCGCUGCAGACCCCAGACCGUCGUCUGCUAAGCCCCGCCCCUUCAAGCUUGACAGCCAACCACAGCUGAGCCGACCUUCGACGGCUGAUGGACGGCAGCCCUCGGCCAAUGAGGUUCAGCGCAUUCUGCGCUGGAGGGCGGGGCUAAAGGUGGGAGGUCAAAGGUCAGAGUACCACCGACAGUUCAGCUGGAAGAAACCUGCGACUGCUGCUUCUCCGAUACUGACUGCAGAACAGCUGCUCCACUCCAGUGGCAGGUGUGUGCGGCCCUUUAAGAAACACGCCGUUCCCAUGGAAACAGAGUAUCAGCGCAGCUUCCAGGGUCUGGCCCCGCCCCCCGAGCCCCGCCUCCGGAGACACCUGGAGCACCAUCAGAGGGCCCCACUGUUCCACAUGCACAGGGCCAAUAAAAAGAGGAGGGAGGGGUCAGAGAAGAAGCCACGCCCCACACAGGACUGCCCCGCCCCCAAGAACGACUCAGCCACGCCCCCUCCUCAGAGGGGACACAGGAUCCCAGAGGGAGGCGGAGCCACGGACGGCGACGCCCAUCAGGUGGAGGAGCGGAGGCAGGAGGCCUCGUGGUACCGCCGCCGCGCCUGGGGGGCUAACUUCGACAGGGAGCACCUGAGCCAGCUGCUGUCCCACCACAACGCUCUGUGGGAGCCGACGGACUCCAGCACCGACCCCGCCUCCCCCCGCCUGACCCCCGUGGAGGCCCUGGACCUGGCCAGCCGCUCCGGUGAGACGACUUCAGGUCCUCCUGGGGAGGGGCCCGCGGCCUGGAGAGGAGGAGGAGGAGGAGGAGAGGAAGAGGAGGAGGACACAGACGAGUUACCGACUCCGAGGCUGAAGAUACGACCGGUUCAGAGAACUCACCAUGACCUCACCACACCUGCCACUGGAGGCGCUCUUCUGGUGGGAAAACUGAAGAGCAGUGAUGACAAACAGAGGUGUCGCUCAGCUGUUUCUGAUAGGCCAGUCUAUCGGAAGGAGGCGUGGUCAGAGAAUAGCCCCUCCCACUGCCCCUCCUCCUCCUCCUCUGGCUCCUCCCCCAACCACAAAGCAGCUGCCGGUCCCGCCUAUAAACCAAAAAGGACGAAGCCAACGUACCAUGUGGCCCCGCCCCCACACCCUGUGGCCCCGCCCCCACAGCACUGUAUCCAAGGCACGCUGAGAAAGGCCGACUUCCAGCACAACGGUGAUGUGGGUGUGAGGUUCAAGGAGCUUCAGUGUCCUGGAGGCUGCUGCUCUGAUGAAGAUGACCGUCUGUCGGUGAUGUCGUGGCGGUCGGCGGCCUCGUGCUCCGCGGCGUCCGCCGUGCUGGAGCGCGCUCAGAAGAGACGGGAGUACUUCUGGGGGAAGAGAUGACCUUUGACCCCCAAAUCUCUGUUGCUCAACAAUCAGAGAAUAUUUUAAUAUAUCAUUAAUUUAAAUGUAUUUUCACACAGUAAUAGAUGUUUUUAUAGAACCAGUACUUUGUUUAUUUAGUAAUCAUCACGUUGAGACAUAAACAAAUAGUCAUGUUGGUUUUUAUGUCAUAAACAAAAAUAUAAAAACAA